AUGGAUAUUAUUCUCAACCAUACAAGAGAACUUCUGUCGUCGAAAAGGACUGCUGCGCCCCUUCCCAGAGACGCUGGUCAGUGUGAACCGGCAGACCCAGCCAACACGGUGACGACCCGCUUGCAAAAUCUUUUGCAAAACGGAGGGAACGGCUAUGUUCUCAGCCUGUGUCCAAACCAGCAAUAUCUCAUACAACAGCCCAUCCUGUUCACGCAACCUAACCAAGAGAUCAACACCUUGGGUUACCCGACAGACAAUUCAAGAGCUACCCUUGUCGUUAACGGUCCAGUCUCCAAUGGCCAGGGCCAUACAACUGCUGUUGAUGGUACUUGCUCGUCUUGUUCGGGUGUUAAACUUCGAAAUGUACAAAUUGAUGGAACGCGUCGUGGUGCUUCUCCAACUACUGGUGGGGCAAACAUGGAGAUGGGAGGGGGAAAUUCAGGCCAAUUGAUCGAAUAUGUUCACUCUUUUGACCCCCGGAGUUGGAGCUGCCUUCAUGUCGCCGAAGGACCCUUCACAUGCAACAACAUCACUGUUCAAAACAACGACAUUGGGCCAUGCGGCUCGGAUUCAUUCCAGGAAUGGGCGGAUGGCAUCAGUGUCAGUUGCCGCAACGCCGUCGUGAGAAACAACUUGGUGCAGGGUGCAACAGAUGGCGGAAUCGUAGUGUUUGGGUCUCCUGGAACGCAGGUGUACAACAACACAAUAUGGGUUUUGAACCAAACCCUACUUGGUGGUAUCAACAUGGUUGAUUAUGAUCCAUGGAGUGGUGAUUAUACUGGCACUGUUGUUCGGAAUAACACCAUCUAUGGCGGGUUCGCCAAUGAUGGUGAACAACCUGGAGACAGCAGGGGGAGCAAUUUUGAAAAUGCUAUCAUCAAGAUUGGUAUUGCCAUCGGGCCUCGUACAUGGUUCGGAGACCGCUACGGAAACGAUGUCAGCAAAAAUGGAAUGGUCUUGGACAACAGACUGACUGGAGCGCUUAGCUAUGGCAUCGCCAUCACGUCGGCUUCGAAUUUCACGAUUCAAAACAAUGUCAUGUUCGGAAAUACUUCGUUCAUCGGAGCGCGUGGACCAAACUGCAGCGCCUCGGACAUUGUCCCUACGCCAGCAGCAUUCAUCAUGGACACUCGCACGACAAGCAAUCUCGCAAUCCAGUCCGAUUUUCAGACAAUUCCAGAUGGCAAUUCCCUUACCUGUGUCUUACCUCCAAAUGGGGGCGACUAUUGGCCAUUCGGUCUCAACCCAUCGAACACCAGUACAACAGCUACGUCAGCCGGACCUACCUCCACGACUGGUAAAGGAAGCCCAACAUCGAAAUCACACAAUACCGGAGCUGCCAUCGCUGUCGGCGUCAUAGUCGGCAUCAUAGCCUGCGCCAUUGUUUCAUUCUUUAUCCGGAAAUGGGCUAUCAAGCGAUCAGAGGCUCAGUUACAUCCCAGCUCGACGAGAGAUUAUAUACACAAACUACCCUGA